AUGGAGGAGGAAUUAGAGGAAGCAGAAAAGAAUUUCAAGAUUAUUGCAGAUUCUGCACCAUUUGCCUUAUGGAUUUCGGGAUUAGAUAAAAAGUGUUUUUAUUUUAAUAAAUGUUGGUUAGAUUUCACAGGGAAAACAUUGGAUAUGGAAGUUGGUAAUCAAUGGGCAAAUGGAGUUCAUCCAGAUGAUUUAGACAAUUGUUUAGACAUUUAUGUAUCAUUUUUUAAUGCAAGAAGACCAUUUAAAAUGGAAUAUCGUUUAAAACGAUAUGAUGGUUUAUAUCGCUGGGUAUUGGACACAGGUCAUCCACGUUAUUCUCCUUCUGGUGAAUUUAUGGGUUUCGUUGGUUCUUGUAUUGAUGUUACCGAUAUGUGGUUUGCACAUCAUGAAAUGGUAUCAUAUUCAAAACAACAAGAAGAAUUAAUUUCAUGCUCAAAUAAAUUAAUUGAUUUUUUAAAUGAUAUUAAUAAUAUUAAUAAUGAAAAAUUAGAAAGUAAUAAAGUUAUGAUUGAUAGUAAUUAUUCAGUGAUGAUGGAUGGAAAAACUAAUUUUGUAGAGUUAAUAUUAAAGAGUUGUACAGUAUCAUUAAAUUCUCAAGUAUCAGUUUUAUUUAAAAUAAACCCAAAUAAUAGAUUUGAAAUGUUUGUUGAUGCUGUUGUAAAUAAUGUUCAAGAUGAUAAUCAAGAGAUAAUACCACAACAUGAUAUUCUUUCAAUGCCAAGAUUUCAAUUACCUGGUGAUUUUUGGGACAGUUAUAAUCAUAGCAAUAAUGGUAACAAUAAUAAUAACAAUAACAAUAAUAAUAAUAAUAAUAAUAAUAAUAGCAAUAAUGGAAAUAACAAUAAUGAUAAUGAUAUUGGAAGUGGUUCAUUACCCUAUUUUUCGAUUUUAUUUCAAAAGUAUUUCACACCCUAUUUAAAUCAAUAUGGUAUAAAGAGUAUAACUGCAAGUGAUGUCUCUUCAUUAAGUGAAAGAGUUUGUGGAUUUGUUGUAAUUGGUUCAACCAUUGAACGAGAGUAUUCUUCAAUUGAACAAAAUACUCUCAUUGGUUUAGCAAAUAUUUUAGGUGUUUAUUUCACUAAAGCUGAAGAACUUAAAAUUCAAUCAAUUAAAGAGAAAAUUUCAAGUACUAUCUCUAGAAAUUCUGAUAAUCCAAUCUUAACAGUUGAUAAAAAUGGCACAAUCGUUGAUAUGAAUCCUUCAGCUGUCAAUACUUUAAUUUCUCAUUCUACAAAUAAAGCUUCAAUAUCACAAUUAUCACAAUUAAAAAUAUUUUCAUUAUUUCCAUUUUUAAAAGAAAAUAACUAUAUUGAAUCAAAUAAUAAUAAUAAUAAUAAUAAUAAUAAUAAUAAUAAUAAUAAUAAUAAUAAUAAUAAUAAUAAUAAUAAUAAUAAUAAUAAUAAUAAUAAUAAUAAUAAUAAUAAUAAUAAUAAUAAUAAUAAUAAUAAUAAUAAUAAUAAUAAUAAUAAUAAUAAUAAUAAUAAUAAUAAUAAUAAUAAUAAUAAUAAUAAUAAUAAUAAUAAUAAUAAUAAUAAUAAUGAUAAUAAUGGUAAUAAUAAUGAUAAAACAACAAGUUCAGCAACAUCAUUUUUCUAUAGAGCAUUACAAAAAAAUUAUUUUUUAAAUUCAAAUCGUUAUUCAAAGAAUGAACAAGAUAAAUUCUUUGAAACUCAAAUUUGUCCACAUAAUCAACCAACAACAUCUAUACCCGCCAAAGUUUUAAUUAAAGAAAUUCAUUUCGAUGAAACACUUGGCCAAACUAUUUAUUUAUUCAUAUUAAAAGAUUUAUCAUUGGAAAAGGAGAAUGAAAGUUUGAAAAAACAAUUAAAAAAACAGCAAGAACAACUUGAAAGUAGUAAGAAUGUUUCAAAUUGUAUUGGUGAUCUUUUUAAUUUAAUUAAAAAAGAUCCAAAUACCUUCUCAAAGGAACAAUUGGAUUUAUUAAAUAAUCUAUUCAAAUUAAAUAAUAAUUUUGGUGGUGGCGGCGGUAAUAGUAAUAAUAAUGGAUUUAGUUUGGUUGAAAUGAUUAAAGAUUCAUUUUCCAAGAUUUUAAAAGAAAAAAAGAAAAAUGUGAAUUUAAAUUUAAACUUAACAGAGUGUUUAUAUAACAAUUUAAAGGAAGUUGAUCAAGAAUAUUUAUUAAAUCAUUUAAAUAAGAUUUUACAUUAUUGUUUUGAUGAAUUAAUUGGUGAUGGUUCAAUUGAUAUAUCCGAUGUUGAUAAUAAUAAUGAUAAUAAACUCUCAAUUAAAAUUAGAAUUUGUGAUAGUAGUAAUCAAAUUGUACAAUUAAAAAAAGGAAUUUUGGGUGAAAAUAAUAAUAUUAAUAAUAAUAAUAUUAAUAAUAAUAAUAAUAAUAUUAAUAAUAAUAAUAGUAACGAUAAAGGCAAAAUAUCCUCACCUCUUAAAGAUUAUUCACCAUCUUUAGAUCAUUCUAAUAAUAGCUUAGUUUUAGUGUUAAAAAUUUAA